AUGGCUAAGGUUGCGAUCGAAGAUCUGUCCGGGACCGCCACACCUGUGACAAGCAAUCCGUAUGACGGCCUGAUACAGGCAACAAGUAAUAAUCCACAAAAGCUCCAAGAGCGAUAUUCGUUACAUCGCCAAACACGGAAUGAACAGCAGAAAGCAAAGAUAUUGUCAGAUGAGUUCACAGGCUGGGUGUUGGAUGACUGCCUGGUUCAACUCGACGGACCGCAGAAGAACUGUGAAUAUGUUGAUCCACGAAACUGCCUGGUCUUUUGGGGUCGCCCUCCACAGAAGGUCAAGAACAUGGUCAAAGUAAUCCAGCAAAAGCUCAAGGACGCAGCACCAGACAUUUGGCUGAUGCCAGUCGACAAUUUGCACAUUACGGCUAUGGAAGUCACACAUUCGAAGACAGCCGAGGAGAUCGACCAACUCGUCAAGACGCUCGAGCCGGCCCACAAGAUGAUCGCAGACUACCCGUCCGAACAUCACGCUCGGCUCAUCAAGCCCAUGGUCUCGUACGACUCUGCAGCACUUGCACUAAGCUUUGUUCCAGCAGCAGGUGAAAGUCCUGGUCGGCACCGGAAAGCUGAGGACGAUUCGUACACGUACCAUCACCUUCGGCGGGAUCUCUACGAUCUGAUUUCGAAGGCGGGCGUCGAAGUCGGAUCUCGAUACGUGGUGCCUUCAGCUCACCUGACUAUCGCACGAUUCAACACGCCAAAUCCGUUCGGUGGCGAUCCUCUUGAUGGCAAUGUAUCUCUGGACAUCAAGAAGCGCAAGCAUUGGAUCCGUGAGAUCGAGCUGAUCAACAAGUGGUUGGAGGCGGAGUACUGGCCAGAUCCCCGUGCAGAUCAUGGAGCAGGAAUAAUGCCUGGCGGGGAGUUCGUUGUCGGUGCAGAGAAGGGUCUGGACUUCCGCAAGGGUACACUGUGGUAUGGUGGCGGAGAGACGAUAUAUUUGGGGAAAGGCUAUCACGACAAGUGA